AUGGUGGCCGAGCAGCAGCUGGCGAAGCUUUACUUUGUUCUUCAACACGAACAAAUCACGUUCGAAGAUGCAUCGACAGACAUGCAGAUGGCCUACACGACCGCCCGUGAGCACAUCGACGACAAGGAGUUGCAGCAGUGGAUCACCGAAGCUGAUUGCAUGAAACUCAAUCAAAGUGACCUGUCCAAGAAGCACGUUUAUGUGUUCGAAAAGUUCUCCGGUGCGGCGUUCGAGCGAGCGAAGAAAUCGCGAUCGACCGUGAUUGGACCCCGGUGUCUGAUCAGUUGCUUCAUGGACAACGAAGCCAUCCCGCUGGGAGUGCAACCCGUUUUCACGACGGCAAUGCGCAACCUGACCGUGUGCAGCUCGGGGCUAAAGGCUAAAGUAAAGGCCCACGUCAGCCAGCUGGUGUUCUACAUGGGCGGGUACUACAUGGACGUGCUGAGUACCUCCUGUACCCACCUGGUGACCUGCACCGUCAAGUCGGUCAAGUACGAGAAGGCAGCCGAGCGAAAGGUCAUCAUCGUGCGCCCUGACUGGGUGCAAGACGUGUGGGAGAUCAGCCAGCAGCGGUCUGUCCACGGUAGUGAUGUGCAGUUUCUCGAACGGCAUCGAUUGCCGGUAUUUCAUUCGCUCACCAUAAGCUCGACCGGCUUGACGGUGGCACGAAGAAAUGAAAUUAAGCAGCUCAUCGAAUCGAACGGUGGCCAUUACGUCGGAGCGUUCAAACCGGAGGUUACCGACAUUUUGAUCCUGGACAAGGUCGGUACGGGGUCGGCCAAGUUUCAGGCUGCGGUGUGCUUCAAGAAAGAGUGCCUAACACCCGAGUGGAUCUUUGACAGUGUGACCCACGGGUAUGCACUGCCCAUCAAGGAGUACGAGGUGAGAAGCUUGAAAGCGUCCACACCGACGAAGGCUCUCAACAAUCCGGGGGCGGGUCGGGUGAGUAGUGUUACAUCCAGAGAUUUUAACCCGGAUUGUACCGAGCUCUCUGAGAUUUCGCAUGUUAACGUUUCUUCGCGCAACCUGACCAUCAACGAGAGUAUUAUGUCGGUCGGAGGCGACAAAGGAACCCCGAUCGCCGCUACCGCAACCCGUUCUGUUGCUAAUCGGUACAGAGAGCUGCUGGCCCGAAUGACGGUACAGCAGGCAAAAAAGGCUGGCCCUGUUCUCGAUGGGUGCAGCGUUUACCUGAGCGGGUUCAGCGGUGACGAGAAGGAAAAGUUGAACAAAAUACUGAACGCUGUCGGUGCCGUCCGGUACGAUGAACAUUCGCCGUCCGUCAGUCACGUGAUCGUCGGCGAACAGCUUGCGUCCGAGAUGGGGCAGCUUCGGGACGCCAGUGCGCAACUGCUCACUCUCGAGUGGUUGGCAAAAUCGAUCGAACUGCGGCAAACCCUUGGACCGGAAGAGGCAGCCGAAUACACGUUCCGACCGUCCGGGAAAGGAAUGCCAAUCGAACGGGCUCCGGAACCACCGUCUCCGUCGAGCAAGCGAAACCUCGAACGGCUUCACAGUGGUGUGUUUAAGCGGCCCGAUAUUCCCAAACUACGCCUCGACGACUGUGCCACGCCGCCGGUCCACAAGCAAGCGUCGGCAACGGCCGCACCGAAUGUUCCGCCAGCCUCCAGCGACCAGCAAUCGAUCGUGAUGCAGUAUUUGGAGAAGAACCUUGCCGAGCGGUUACCGCCGUCUACCGAGAAGGAAACAUCGCGCAGUGGAUCCGGGAAUGGAACGACCGACAGCCAAGUUGACUCGGAAAUGGAGUCACAGGAUACCGAGUUUAUGCUAGGGAAGACGCUAUUUGUGUUCGGGUUUUCCGAGGAGGAUGCCGUGCAGAUUCUGACCGACUGCAAGUACUGCGGAGGGACGAUUGUAGAUGAAAGCUACGGCGAUGUGGUCGACUACAUCGUGUUGCCGACGUCGUGCACGGGAACGGUGGAUUUCGCGGUCCGUGGCAAGCAAACGGUCAACGACAUUUGGCUCGAAGCAUCGAUCCAGGAUGGGAUUUGCUACCCACUCGAGUAUUACUUCGCACCGAUCGUCCGCGAGGAGGAUGAUCCGCGACCGCUCGAAGGGGAGACGAUCGUGAUCAGUUCGUACACCGGGCCGGAGCGAUCGUUUCUCAGCGUGAUGGGUGGCGUGCUUGGGGCGACCGUGCAUGAACGGCUCUUGCGGAAGGCGGCCCCGUUGCUGGUGUGUAAGGAAGCGAGUGGCGACAAGUAUAAAGCUGCCAUCCAGUGGGGAUUAACGGUCGUCACUGCGGAGUGGUUGCUGGAAUGCUUUCGCCAGAAGCGAAGAAUUGCGGAAAUUCCGUAUCUUGUGGGCGAGUCCAAUUGUUCAUCUAAAAAUGAGGGCUCGAUGCCUUGCCACGUGCUGCCGGCUACUUCCACCGAUGAAGUUGAUAUCGAUUCAGUGCACGUGGAGGGUCCAGCAGAGCAAAGUCGAAAAACUCCCAAAAUGAAACUAUUGUCAAAACCGACGGCCGAAGGAGAGUAUCGGUUUAUCACGGAACAGAAAACGAAAGAAGCAUCCGAUCUUCAGUACGGCUUUAAUCACGUCACUACGCCCGAAAUGCGAAAAAUGACCUCCGACGAGCGAAUGAUUUACUCGCAGGAACUGGAUCAGUACGACAACCUAAUCGCUGCCCAGCGAGCCCAACGGAAACCGUUCGACCCGAACGAGGGUGCCCCUUCGGUGACGGGUGGCCUAGUCUCGGAAUCACCGGCCGUGCCUAGAAAUAAACGUCUCUCGGCUCUAACCGUCGCUAGCGGAGGGCCAAAAAUGAGCUCACCGGCAACACCGGGUGGCGCCGCUACCAGCACGUCUUCGUCCGCGACCAGUGGCAGUGGAACUCCCCUCGCUAUGGAUUACGAAGCGCUGAGCGUUACACAGCGAGUGCUGGAGUUCGACACUCCAAUCCGUGACGUGCUGUAUCGGGCGCUAAAGGAAUCGGAGGAAAACGAGCGCAAAUUGUCGCCCCGAACGCGUCGUAUGAAGGAACUGCUCGCCACGCCGAAUGUUGGCGGUGGUGGGCCGGGAAGCUCGGCUGCACACCUUCGCACGCCCACCCUGCCGGAGUGCAUGACGAAACCAGUCACACCGUACGGGUUUCGCCCGGAUGCCAGCCCCGAGAACCAUGCGUUCCACAAACGCAAACUGCAAUACUGGGAUCGAUUUUACAAACCACCGACAAACGUGGGCACACCGGAAGCGAGCAGCUCGCGACCAGAUCGCGGUGACACAGGUAAACCGGAAACUCCGGGACAGAGCAACGGGCGUCGUCUGAGUACGCCGCUGAGCGAGAUAAAGCGAAAAUUUUGGCGUGACAACCUGGGCGACGACUACGUGAAACACAUUGAGGCCAAGUACAACACGCAGUUCCAGCGGCCCGAUCUGAACCGUUCGGAUGAGGAGAUUGCGUGUACCGCUCCGCAGGGUAAAGACCCAUCAUCGAGCCAUGGGUCGAGCGGUCAUAAACAACACAAGCGUCCCGGUGCUGCGGAUGAUGCUGGCGCGGAAAGAACAUCGACCGAGCGGGGCCCAAAUGUGAGCGGAGAAAAACGAUCCCGGGAUGAUGAUCACGAAACAGACGACAACCAGGGUGAGUGUGCCGACGACCCGCGGGUCGCCAGUGGUGAUAUGCUGCCCGCUGCCAAAAGACUGCAUCUGCUAGAAGCGACACCGGACGAGAAUGUGCGCCGAUUGAGCGAUUUUAUUAGCGCCACACGGGAUUCAGCCAAAAAGAAGGCAAGAUAUCCACAGGACACCGAAGACCACUUGGAACAGGCCUCACAGGGUGCCCAGCCCGAAGCGUACGACUCAGAAGUGGUGGCGGGCAUUGGUGGUGUGAUUUGGAGCGAUCGUGGCCUCGAGAAUGCACAGACGAAUCAUUCAUCAAGACAACGAUCAUCCACAUCCGCGGACGAGGAAACCUCUCCGAUCGUUCGUCGAGUGCAGCUAAAACGAUCGUCUCUAUCGACCGACAACGUGGUGCGUGCGGGACAUCACUCCGAUCGAAUGAAGCACAACGGAACGCCGGUUUUUACCAUUUCCAACGUACAGAAUGAUGAAAACCGUGUCGAGUUGGCGAAACAGAUCGAGGCACUGAACGGUCGCCUGGCGGCCGACGUGAACCGCUACGAUCCUACGUGCACGCACAUCGUCUGCGGUAUGCCGAAUCGUGGCGAAAAGAUACUGGCCGGCAUUGCGGCCGGUAAGUGGCUUCUGUCGACCAAGUAUUUGCAGGACAGCUACCAGAAGGGACACUUUUUGGAUGAAGAAGCUUACGAAUGGGGCAACCCGAAGGCAGCCGGAACGCUGGCUGACCUGGCUUGCACCGGAGAAGUUCAGACGAUGGCCAAAGCCGCCUAUACGUGGCGCAAACGGAUAGCGACUGAUGGCGGCAAACAGGAUGGCGCAUUCACGGGUUUCCGCGUGCUGCUGGUCACCCUACGGAAGGAACCGUUUGUGCGGCUCAUCCAAUCGGGCGGUGGGCUGGUACUGGACUGUGAGCCGCCAUUCAUUCAGUCGGAGCAAGCGAUGACGGCGACGCACUGUUUCGUCGAUCGUAAGACAAAGCUGUCGGAAGAAGAUCAUCGUGCGUUGGGCGAGGCUGGGAUCGCGGUACUGCAGAUGAUGUACCUGAGUGCGUAUCUUACCUCCGAGAAGUUGCCGGAUUCGGCCACAUUUCAGUUUGCUGGCUAA